AUGUUUAAUGCCUUUACAGGUUCCUCUAGAUCUCACGUACCUCCCAUUGGCAUUCAGCCACUUACCGGUGAAAACUAUGCUUCAUGGAAAGAUCAGUUAGAUCUUACUCUGGGGUACUAUGACCUGGACUACGCCAUUCGUCAUGAUGAACCCGCUGCCAUUACUGCAACCUCUACUGCAGAGCAGAUAGCGGCAUUUGAGAAGUGGGACAAGGCGAAUCGCUUGUCACUUAUGACGGUCAAGAGCUCUAUUCCUCUUGGUCUCCGAGGAGCUAUUCCCGAGUCUGAUAAAGUGAAAGAUUACCUCAAAUCUGUUGAGGAUUACUUCAAGGGAUCGUCUAAAGCGCAUGCAAGCAGCUUAAUGCUAAAGAUGCUAACUCUGAAAUACGAUGGAAAAAGCGGUGUCCAAGGACAAAUGGAAGAUGAGUGA